UUCGUCGGCUCUUUUGUGACUCCACGUUAAUCAAGUGUCCUCUAUUGGGUUCACCAAUCCACACCAAACAAAAAGACGCAAACUCCUCCCCCCAUUCCCACGUACUACCUCCUCGACAUUAAAAAAAGCCACACCGAAACCUCUUCUCGCUUCAAACUCCUCUCUCUCUCUCUCUCUCUCUCUCUCUCUUCCCACAAUGCCCUCCUCCGUUCUCUCACUACUCCUCCUGUUCCUCCUCUCCCCGCUCCCCACGAUCGAAUCGAGCACGAAUCCCGAGGCGCAGAUCCUCCUGGAUCUGAGAGACUCUCUGGUGAGCGCGAACUCACCUCCCCAGGUUUUCGAAUCGUGGGCGCCGACCAACUCCCCCUGCAACUUCACCGGCGUCGACUGCGACUCCAGCGGCUCCGUUUCCGGAAUCGACCUCAGCGGCAGGGGCAUUUCCGGAACUCUACCUUUCGACUCCCUGUGCCAGCUCCCCUCCCUCACCACCCUCUCCCUCGGAUCCAAUCACCUCUCCGGUGCCCUCACCCCCUCCCUCCGCAACUGCACUUUUCUCGCGCACCUCGACCUCGCCUUCAACUACCUCACCGGAACCGUCCCCGAUCUCACGCCCCUCAGCAAUCUCCGAGUGCUAAACAUCUCCGACAACUUGUUCUCGGGCCCCUUCCCCUGGAACUCGCUCGGUAACCUCACCGGGCUGGUGAUCCUAAACCUGGGGGAUAACGGUUUCGCGCGGAGUCCGUUUCCCGAUGUGGUUCGCAACCUCACGAAGCUCACUUCGCUCCGUCUUUAUGAAGCCAACAUCGGCGGCGAGUUCCCGAAUUGGAUCGGCGAACUCGCCGAGCUUCAGGAUCUCGAGCUCUCCGACAACUUCAUCUCCGGAUCGAUCCCCGCGGAGAUCGCGAAGCUCACGAAGCUCACGCAGUUCGAGCUGUACAACAAUUCGAUCUCCGGGACCCUCCCCGCGGGGUUCGGAAGCCUCUCGGAGCUCGCCUUCUUUGACGCUUCGAUGAACAAUUUGCAAGGCAAUCUCUCGGAGCUCCGCUUCCUAACGAACUUAGUCUCGCUCCAGCUUUUCCAAAAUAACUUCUCCGGCGAGGUGCCCGCGGAGUUCGGGGAUUUUAAGUAUCUCGUGAACCUAUCGCUUUACACGAAUCAGCUUUCCGGGAGCCUGCCGGAGAAGCUGGGGAGCUGGGCGGAGUUCAAUUUCAUCGACGUGUCGACGAACAUGUUGACGGGCCCGAUCCCGCCGGACAUGUGCCGGAGGGGGACGAUGCUCAAGCUGCUGAUGCUGGAGAACAAUUUCACCGGCGGGAUACCGCCGAGCUACGCGAAUUGUCGACUGAGCAGCAAUUCGCUGUCCGGCGCGGUUCCCGCCGGAAUCUGGAGCCUGCCCCAAGUCAACAUCAUCGACCUCGCGGGCAACUGGUUCGAAGGCCCGAUCGGCGCGGGGGUCGGCGAGGCGAAGUCGCUCAACCAGCUAUUCCUCGCCGACAACCAGUUCUCCGGUGCGCUGCCGGCGGAGAUCGGUCAAGCCUCGUCGCUCGUUGCGAUCGACGUGUCGUACAACAAGCUCUCUGGAGAGAUCCCGGCGACAAUUGGGAAGCUGAAGGGCCUCAUCACGCUCAAUCUGCAGAGGAAUUCUAUCUCCGGCGCGAUCCCCGAAUCCGUCGGGUCGUGCACGUCGCUCACUGCGAUAAAUCUCGCCGGAAACAAUCUCUCCGGUCCAAUUCCCGGGAGCCUCCGCAAUCUUUCGAGCCUGAAUUCGCUGGACCUUUCCGAUAACCAAAUCUCGGGCGAGAUCCCGGGGAGUCUGUCUGCCUUAAAGCUCAGCUCGCUGAACCUUUCUGACAACCGCCUCGACGGGCCGGUCCCCGCGGCGCUCUCGAUCGCCGCCUACAGCUCGAGCUUCAUCGGGAACCCUGGCCUCUGUGCCGACAACAAGAACGUGCAAUUCCUCCCUCGGUGCGCUUCGUCCGGCGGCAGCCGAUCGCACGGCAAGCUCCGGACCGUCCUGGCAGUCCUCCUUGCCACAGCCGCCCUGCUGGUGGCGCUCCUCAUCUUCGUCGUGAAGCGGCGAUCCGCCGAUCACGCAGACGGCGACCGCCACCGGUUCGUCGCCAAGAAGGAUUCGUGGGACAUGAAAUCGUUCCGCAUUCUCAGUUUCGACGAGCAGGAGAUCAUAGACUCCGUCAGGCGAGAAAAUCUCAUCGGCAGGGGCGGCUCCGGGAACGUCUACCGCGCCGAAUUAUCCACCGGAAGAGUAGUCGCGGUGAAGCACAUACUGCACAGCCCCUGCAGCGCCUACGCAGAAGAGAACUACGGCGGCGCCACCGCGAUUUUGGGCGCUCCGCGGCGCAUGUCGUCGCUGCGGUGCCGCGAAUUCGAGGCCGAGGUCGGGACGCUGAGCUCGAUCCGGCACGUGAACGUCGUGAAGCUCUACUGCAGCAUCACCAGCGACGGCUCGAGCUUGCUCGUUUACGAGCACCUCCCGAACGGGAGCCUGUGGGAUCGGCUGCAUACGGCGGCCGGAGAGAAAUUGGGCACAAUAGAUUGGGACACAAGGUACGAGGUCGCGGUCGGCGCGGCGCGGGGAUUAGAAUACCUCCACCACGGCUGCGACCGCCCUAUCCUCCACCGCGACGUGAAAUCCAGCAAUAUACUACUUGACGAGUGCUUCAAGCCGCGGAUCGCCGACUUCGGCCUCGCGAAGAUCCUCCACUCUGCGCCGAAUCAGGAAUCCUCCACCAAUGUCAUCGCCGGCACCCACGGGUACAUUGCUCCCGAGUACGCGUACACCUGCAAGGUGAACGAGAAGAGCGACGUGUACAGCUUCGGAGUGGUGCUGAUGGAGUUAGUGACGGGGCGGAAGCCGAUCGAGGCGGAGUACGGGGAGAGCAAGGAUAUCGUGUAUUGGAUAUGCGAGAGCAUGGACAGUAGGGAGAAGGUGAUGGGCGCGGUGGAUAAGAGAAUAGCCGAGGGGUGGGCGAGGGAGGAGGCGGUGAAGGUGCUGAGAGUGGCGGUGCUGUGCACGGCGAGGCUCCCGACGAUGAGGCCGUCGAUGAGGACCGUCGUGCACAUGCUGGAGGAUGCCGGGAGCGGCCGGGCCUCCGAUGCUGCGCAUGCCAAGGACGACAAGUAGUAGAACAGCCCAGUAUGGUUGUUUAAUAGUUAUUAUUAUGGAUACGACAGGAGAGCGAUUGUAAAUACUAUCCGAGUAUUAGUAUUGUUUGUCGGAACCCUCUUGCGGAUUAGAUCUUCUUACGGGUGGGUAAAAUAAACUGCUCAGACCCACAUCAGUGACAGAGUUGCUGAAUCUAAACGGCGCUGUUCAACAUCUAUGAACUACUUGCAUCUGUGUGUUGGUGUAGAAA